AUGCGUGAAUCUACCAACGAAAGUGUCUCAAACGCCCGCGGAAGCGCCCGCCUCGAAGAAGUCGCGCAACGGCGGAAGGCCGUGGCGGCGCGAACGACGGAAACCCAGCUCGACGAGCGACCACCGCUCCACCCCGUGCGGUCCUCCGCGAGCCCCUACAACGCCGACAUGCCAUUCAUGGAGGCUCCGGCCAAUACAACGCGCACGGAAGACGGCGAACGCGGCACGUUGACGAAUCACGUCCUGAGAGGCCAUGCAGUCACCGGAGGUCGACAGCUGGCUCCAGGCCUGCGAAAAGGACUCGAAUAUGGUGAGAGCUACGCACCUGUCAUGAAAGAAGACUCGCUGCACCUGGUCACCACCUGGGGCGGCCUCAAAUGUUGUCAACGCGACGCCACAAACGCGUAUAUAUACACGCGCGCCGACCGCGAGAUCUGCAUUGUCCCGCCGGACGGCUUCGAAGGCGACCAUGGCGAAUCAUGA